AUGGCAGCCAAAGAAAUCAUUCUGUACCACUACCCACACUCCCCCUAUGCAAGAAGGACGGUUUGGUAUCUGGCUCUACGGGGAAUUCCGCACAGCCAAUGUCUUCAACCUACUAUGAUGCCGCGACCAGACGUCGCUCGCCUGGGUGUCGCGUAUCGCCGCAUCCCCAUUCUUUCCAUUGGCAGGGACGUUUACUUUGAUACGCGCCUUCAACUGCCAAAGCUGGAAGAAUUGUAUCCCGAGCUUCCUCGCCUUGGAGCAACUACGCCAGAACAGAAGGGUGUGGAACGUUUACUCUCAGCUUACAUCAUUGACGGAGGCAUCUUCCAGGAAGCCGCAAGAUUGCUUCCUUUGGAUCUACCGCUCUUUAAGGACCCAAAUUAUUUGAAGGACAGGGGAGACUUUUCAGGGAAGCCUUUCACCCUAGAGGCGUUGAAAAAGAUUCGUCCCGAUGCGUUGGCAGAGAUUGCAGUCGGAUUUGAUCUUUUGGAGACGACGUUGCUGGCGGAUGGGCGAGAAUGGAUCUUGAAGACGGAGAAGCCUAGCCUGGCAGACAUCGAGGGCGUAUGGACGCUUCACUGGGUGUCUGGCUUAAAGGGGGCGUUGCCGGAAGAUAGGUUCUCGGCAGAACGAUAUCCUCGAGUGUAUGCGUGGAUCAAGCGCUUCCAGGAGGCGGUCACGGCAGCCAAGGCGAAGAACGGGAAGCCCAAGACGCUGAAUGGCGAAGAGGCAGCGAGUGUGAUUGAGAAGUCGGCGUGGAACGAAGAGGAGAAGACGGUGGAUGAGGGGGAUCCGCUGGUGGUGGCGGAGGGGCUGAAAAAGGGGAGCGUCGUUUCAAUUUGCCCGACGGAUACGGGGAGGUCGCACAAGGAUGUUGGAAAGUUGCUGAGUUUGGACAAGGACGAGGUGGUUAUUGAGGUUGAGACGGCGAAGGGGGAGAGUGUGAGGUUGCAUGCUCCGAGGCAUGGGUAUAAGGUGAGGAGAUAUGAUGGGGGUAAGAAGGAUGCUGCGAAGCUGUAG